AUGGUUGGCUUCAAAAGCUUCGCCGCCCUCUUCCUCGCGGCUCUUGGCGCCGCUGCCCCUACUCCUUCUGGCGGCAAGUACAUCAUCACGCUCAAGGAUGGUGCCUCUGCUGCCAAGGUCGAGUCUCACCUGCAGUGGGUGAACGAGGUUCACGCCCGCAGCCUCGGCCGCCGCGAUCUCAACCUCAACGGCGUUGAGAAGACCUACGAGAUUGGCAGCUUCAACGGAUAUGCUGGCAACUUUGACGCCGCGACCGUCGAGGAGAUCCGCAACAACCCCGAGGUUGCUGAAGUUGAGCUGGACCAGGAGUGGACUCUGUAUGACCUGACAGAGCAGUCCAACGUUCCCCACGGCCUGGCCACCAUCUCGCACCGCGAGUCCGGCUCCAGCGACUACAUCUACGACAGCAGCGCCGGCCAGGGCGCUUAUGCCUACGUCGUCGACUCGGGUGUCAACAUUGACCACGUCGAGUUCGAGGGCCGUGCCACCCGCGGCUACAACGCCGCGGGCGGCCAGGACACCGACACCCUCGGCCACGGCACCCACGUUUCGGGCACCAUUGCCUCCAAGUCCUACGGCGUCGCCAAGAAGGCCAGCAUUGUGUCCGUCAAGGUCUUCUCCGGCCGCACCGCUGACACCUCCGUCAUCCUCGACGGCUACAACUGGGCUGUCAAGGACAUCAUCGCCAAGAAGCGCCAGUCGCGCUCCGUCAUCAACAUGUCGCUGGGCGGCCCCGUCUCGUCCGCCUUUGACCGCGCCGUCGCCAGCGCCUACCAGCAGGGUGUCCUCAGCGUCGUCGCCGCCGGCAACGAGAACCAGGACAGCAGCAACGUCUCCCCCGCCCGCGCCCCCCAGGCCAUCACCGUCGCCGCCGUCAACGCCGACUGGAACCGCUGGGUCUGGAACUCGCAGCAGGGCUCCAACUACGGCUCGCCCGUCGACAUCUACGCCCCCGGUGAAGAUGUCCUCUCCACCUGGAUCGGCUCCAGCACUGCCACCAACACCAUCACUGGCACUUCCAUGGCCUCUCCCCACGUCGCUGGUCUGGCCAUCUACCUUGCCGUUCUCGAGAACCUAAACACCCCCGCUGCCGUCACCAACCGCAUCAAGGCGCUUGGCACCAAGAACAAGGUCAUUGGCAACGUCGGCAGCACCGUCAACCUGCUGACUUACAACGGCAACGAAUAA